AAAUAUUUUGUUUCAAAAAGAAAUUCAAAAGAAAAAAGUUUACAAUAAUGAUAUUUAUUUUUAAUUAUCAAUAUAUAUUUCUAUUUUUAUAUUGAUAGCAGAGCGAGGAAGGAAGAAAAUUCCCUAUUUUGUUUUGUUUAAUUUUGUUUUUCUAGGGUUUCGGAAUUUUCCUUCCAUCCAAACAGUCACAGUAAUGGCGCGCGUGUAUUUUCCGCGAAAAUAAGGAGUGGAAUUAAUCGAUUUAUACGUUUUUGGGUUUAAAUUUUUGGUUGAAUACAGAGAAAGUUUCAGUUGUAUCGAAGAAGAGUAAGAGAGAGAGAUGUUGCCGAUGGCGUCUUCAUCAUCGUCGUCUUCAGCUACAGUAGCUGUAGAGAAGGCGACCAGCGAUCUUCUGAUAAGUCCUGAUUGGACUAUGAAUAUCGAUAUAUGUGAUUCCGUCAAUUCUCAUCAUUGGCAGGCAAAAGAUGUUGUAAAAGCUCUAAAAAGAAGGUUACAACAUAAGAACUCAAAAGUUCAACUACUCUCUUUGACGGCAGAUAUGCAAGUGAGGGAGAAAAUCUUGGUCUUGCUUGACUCUUGGCAAGAAGCUUUUGGUGGGCCUGGAGGAAAGCAUUCUCAAUAUUACUGGGCAUAUGAUGAAUUAAGGCGUUCUGGAGUAGAAUUUCCCAAGCGUUCAUUAGACGCCGUCCCUAUUUUUACACCCCCUGCUUCACAUCAGACCAUGGGUCGUCCUCAACCUGGAUAUGGAAUGCCUAGCAAUGCUUCAAGAAGGCUUGAUGAAACUAUGGCUACAGAAAUUGAGAGUUUGAGCUUGUCAAGCAUGGAGGCUAUGCAGAAUGUUCUGGAACUCCUAAGUGACAUGCUACAAGCAGUAAAUCCUGGUGAUUCUGCGGCUGUAAAAGAUGAAGUGAUAGUUGAGCUUGUUAAUAGGUGCCGCACCAACCAGAAAAAGCUGAUGCAGAUGCUCACUUCAACUGGAGACGAGGAACUUCUUGCUCGGGGUCUUGAAUUAAAUGAUAGUCUCCAGAGUUUGCUUGCAAAACAUGACGCUAUAGCUACUGGUUCCCCAAUUCCGGCUCAACUUACAAAUUUUAGUCCGCAACGCACAGAAACAAGUGCUUCAAGUGUCAGACAGUCUGAAGUAAGAGAUUCCAGUCCUAGAGACGUUAGUCCAAGACCAAAUGUUAACCCUUCUGCACCUGUUCCCGCUACUAUGACAAGGGGCCAGGUAUAUGAAGAGGAAGAAGAGGAAGAUGAAUUUGCGCAGCUAGCUCGGAGGCAUUCUAAAGCACCAUUAACAUCUUCCCAAAGCACUUCUAAUGGUACAGCUGAAGAUCUGGCAAUUGUGAGCGUAAGCAGCUCAACAGCUCCAUCGCAAGAGGCAUCCACUUCUGCCACUUGCACUGCAUUAGCUCUCCCUGAUCCACCUGCACCGGUGAAGACUAAAGAACAAGACAUAAUUGAUUUACUGAGUAUCACUUUGUCAACGACAGAAACUUCCACUCCCUACAACCCGCAGCCAUAUACUCCACCUUCCAACCAAAACAUGCAUCAGGUACCUGUUUCUGCCGGCGUACAAGCUGGAUAUCCCCAUGCCUCUCAAACGUACCCAACCCAAGGUCAGACACCAUACAACAGCUAUGUUGUUCCAUGGGCCCAAACCCACCAACAAACACAAGCUGCAUCCCAACCACAACCUUUACCACAGGCUCAACCCCGUCAACACGUGCAACCUCAGCCUCCUAUUUACUCAUCUGGCUUUCCCCCUCCACCAUGGGCUGCUACCCCUGGGUAUUAUACCAAUAAUAAUGCAUAUGUUAAUCGUACCAACCCUACAUCCUACGUACAAGCCGAGACAGCAGCAUCUUACACACCAGUACAAAGCACUCGACCAUUGCAGCAGCAUAAUUCUUUCUCAGCAAGGGAAAAUGGAUCAGCUGUCCUCGGAGAGUUACCAGCAGUAACCACUGCUCGGAAUCCUGCCCCAUCAACAGGACAGAAGCCCUUUAUUCCUUCAUACAGAUUGUUUGAAGAUCUAAAUGUUUUUGGCGGUGCAGACGGAAGGCAUAAGAUGCCAAGCGGUAGCACGUCAUCUAGUUUAGCUGGACCUUCUACCCAAGGUAUGGUUGGUGGUAGGAAGUGAACUUUUUAGUGAACAGGAAUGUUUCCCUAGUGGAUAUGUUUAUAUCCAUGUGAAUAUGUGAUUGUACAUCAAUAUCAAUCUUUCAGUUUGGAUACUCAUUGAAAGUUGUUGAGACAGCUCAUAGAUUGGAAGUUGUGAUUGUUCCCUCCAUAUCUUCUAUGUUGGUGUGUUAACUUUGAAAAUAUUUUUUAUAAAAUUGGUAUAGCUUUUACUUGCUCAA